UCUCUGUAACCUUUACAGACAACAUGUCUGUUUUUAGCCUCAUAUGCGUAACCACAACACAGGUCAGUGUCCGGCUGGCUGUUUUAUAGCUUAGUGUGUGUGGGUGUGGAUCCCCUCGGGAUAAGAGCUAGGCGGACAGCUCCGGAGACGUGACUUCGCAGGCUGGCCCUUUAAGAAAAGGACUCUCUUUACGUCCUGAUAUCAUGGCGGAUGGGAGCCAGUGUCGUGUGGUUACAUCUGGUGGGACAGAGAUGACCGCUCUCGGACGGGCGCUUUCUCAGGUCUGCUCGAAUGGCGAUUUUCACCCACAAGCGUGUACCCACCAUAGCAAUGCGCCGCAAGAGUGCCGCAGGAGGCGGCUGUCCAGCAGCGGCAGUUUGGUGUCUCUGGAGCGGUGUCCUGAUGCUGAAGUGCGAGUCAUGGUCGUCAACACCGGCGGGACCAUUGGCAUGACAUACCAAAAUAACGUGCUCUCUCCAGAGCCUAAUGCCCUGGUCAAGGCGCUGCGCAGGUUCCACAUACUGCAUGACGAGCAGUAUGCCCUGCAGACCUGCCUGUAUGACUGCUACGGCCCCCCCGACAAAACGCUGGUCCUCCCGCUCUCCAAGAAGGACAAGAGAGUAGUGUACACUGUCCUGGAAUAUUCUCCACUGCUGGACUCCUGCAAUAUGACCAUGGAUGACUGGGCUAGGAUUGGAAAGGACAUUGAGAACCAGUACGAGAAGUAUGACGGCUUUGUGGUCCUACAUGGCACCGAUACCAUGGCGUACACAGCGUCUGCCCUUUCUUUUAUGUUCGAGCACUUGGGUAAACCGGUCAUCCUCACAGGUUCCCAGGUGCCAAUCUAUGAGAUGAGGAGCGAUGGGCGGGACAACCUCCUGGGGGCGCUGUUGAUCGCCGGGCAGUUUGUGAUUCCUGAGGUCUGCCUGUAUUUCCACCACAAGCUGUACAGGGGUAAUCGUGUCACCAAGGUGGAUUCUGGGAGCUUCAACGCUUUCUCUUCCCCCAACCUGCCACCACUUGCGAACGCCGAGGUGGAUGUGAAAAUAAACUGGGACAUGGUGUGGUGGGCCAACACCACAUCCAAGUUCCAGGUCCAAACAGUCAUGAACCGGAACGUGGGGCUCCUACGGCUCUUCCCUGGCAUCACUACGCAGACCGUACGAGCCUUCCUGCAGCCACCUAUGGAAGGCAUCGUCCUGGAGACCUUUGGCAGCGGCAAUGCCCCCAGCAAUCUUGCUGACCUCCUGGAGGAGUUCAGCAAGGCCACCGAGAGGGGUGUCAUCAUGGUCAACUGUACCCAGUGCCUCCGGGGCAGCGUGAUCACUAGAUACGCCACGGGCAAGGCUCUGAGUGACGCAGGGCUGGUGCCGGGCUGUGACAUGACCCCUGAGGCAGCCCUGUCCAAGCUGUCCUACGUGCUGGCCAAAGAGGAGCUCAGCACGCAGGAGAAGAGAAAGAUGCUGAGUGAGAAUCUGCGGGGGGAGAUCACCCACCUGGACGAGACUCGGUACUGUCUGCGGAAUAACCAGUUCCUUCGGAUCAUCUCAGAGUGCCUGAACAUCAGCUGCAAGGAGGAGCUAGAGGCUAUUCGCGACGCCCUCAACCCAACGCUGGCCUGUGCCGCAGCCAAGACUGGGGACAUUGAAGCUCUGCUAGCCAUCCGGAAAAUGGGCAGCACUCUGAGUAUGGAGGAUUACGAUGGUCGCACCCCACUGCACAUCGCUGCCUGCGAGGGCCACUACAAUGUGGUGGAGUAUCUUCUGAAUCAUGGAGCAACUGUCUAUGCCAAGGAUCGCUAUGGGCACACGCCACUGCAUAACGCCGUCCAGUUCAGACGCGGUGAUGUGGUGAAGCUCCUGAGGAAAACGGGAGCCCACUUCUCCCGGGACGAGCUGGAGAAGGCCGGCUCAGAACUCUGCAGGCUGGCAGCUUGCAGUGACCUGGAUGGUCUGGCAAUGUGGCAUCUGGCUGGAGCAGACAUCAGCAUGCCCAGGUACGAUGGGGAGACCGCCAUGGAAGUGGCCCUGAAAACUGAUAACUUAGAAGUGGCUGAAUUCUUAAAGCAAUGCACAGCUAUGGAUGGAGACUUUAACGGCUUCCCACAGCGCCCCAGAGAAGCUUGAGGACAAGAUCAGCCGGCAUCACACCGCAUUGUCUUCCCUUCUAGCUUCUCUCUCUCUUCUCCUUGAUUGUGCAGCUUCCUGCAGCUUUUAACCCAAAAACAUCCUGCUUAGCCAAGUAAAAUUCACCGUACGGUGUUAUUGCACCUUGUAGAAUAAUGCAGGAUGGGGCACCAACCCGUGGCAGGACACGCGCUCACACACCUGAUUCAGUAGUUUUCAGUUAGUGAUUUUAUUUAAUUUAUGAUAUAAGUAAUUGUGGUGUGAUAUUUAAAGUGUUUUAUUUAUGGGUAGAACAUGGAACUUUUGUCAUGUACACAUUCUGAUUCCCUAUUGGUUUCCCCUGCAUUGCCAUUGUAUCCAGCCUCACUGUAAUUGGUCAGAACUGUCCAUGCCACCUCCCUUUCAAUACUAUCGAAACUAGGAGGUAGAAUAACAUCAUCAAGGUAGUUAUAUGUAUGUUCUACCCAGGUCUAUUACGCUUGUUCUGAACCUGAUAUUGGGGGAUCUAUAUGAGUGAUUAUCCUUAUAAUUAUCCUUAUCAUUUUAGACCUGUGGGGCGACAUGGUGGUGCAGUGGUUAGCACUGUUGCCUCACACCUCUGGGACCUGGGUUCGAGUCUCCAUGUGUGUGGAGUUUGCAUGUUCUCCCCAUGUCGUCGUGGGGUUUCCUCCUCGUACUCCGAUUUCCCCCCACAGUCCAAAAACAUGCUGAGGCUAAUUGGAGUUGCUCAAUUGCCCGUAGGUGUGCAUGUGUGUGUGAAUGGUGUGUGAGUGUGCCCUGCGAUGGGCUGGCCUCCCAUUCUGGGUUGUUCCCUGCCUCGUGCCCAUUGCUUCCGGGAUAGGCUCCGGACCCCCCAUGACCCAGUAGGAUAAGCGGUUUGGAAAAUGGAUGGAUGGAUGGAUUUUAGACCUGAGGGUCUUUAUUUUACAGCGAUAGCUGUGAAGUUCUGUCUGUGCUGUAUAACUUGUUUGAUCAUUAUUUAGCACAGAAGGGAAAUCGAACCAGCAAGGCUGGACACAUAGGGCGCAUGCGGCUCUGGAUGCCUUCGGCGAUUGCGCAGUUCGCUUGCAUGACCCAAGUACUUGCUGCUAUCUUAUCAGAACUUGCUCUAGUGCCAGUUAAGGGAAAAAGUUGUACUAACUGGAAGCCCCCGCUGGAAUGUGUGGAACCCUAACCCAACUGCACCCUACCACUUAUCAAGAGAUAAGCCCACUGAUCAAGGUGGCUGUUAGAAAAUGUGCUUUUAAAUUGUGAGCAAUUCAGUGAUCAGAGGAUCUGUAUUUGGUGUCCGUGAGUGAAAAUGCUCCCAUGAGCACCUGUGUGUAAAAAAGAAGCACAAACUUAACAAUAAAUGCAACUGUCUGCCAUUGGUUUCUGCAAA